GUGCUGAGGGAUGAUUCUCUUCCUGUGUGCUCUCCUGAUAAAGUACAUGAUGUGAAAUUGGGUGACUUAGCUGAGGAGAGUGCUGUUGCUCCUGGGACAAAUGCUGGCCAGACUAAUGCUGCCUUAGGUUCUAGCAGCAAGGUCGGUACAGCCAGGCGGUCUGACUCUGCUAGUGGCUUUACUUCAAGUUCAAGAGGUGCAAUGUCAUUUGCUACUGCUGCCAUGACUGGACUGGGAUCUGCCAAUAGCAGAGGUAUCAGGGGUGGAAGAGAUCGGUUAGGGCGUCCAUUAUUUGGUAGUUCUAAUGAUCCUCCAAAGUUGAUAUUUACUGCUGGUGGGAAGCAGCUUAAUAGGAAUUUGACUAUAUAUCAGGCAAUUCAAAGACAGCUUGUGCAAGAUGAAGAGGACGACGAGAGAUUUGCUGGCAGUAGUGACUAUGUAUCCAGUGAUGGAAGCAGGUUGUGGGGUGAUAUUUAUACUAUAACUUAUCAGAGGUCAGAGAACCAAACAGAUAAGGCUCCCCUCGGAGGUUCAAGCUCUAAUGCUUCAAAAUCUGGCAAAUCUGGGUCUGUAUCAAAUUCUAGUUCUGAAGCCAAGCUACAUCAGACAUCUGUAUUAGAUAGCAUUUUGCAGGGAGAAUUGCCCUGCGAAUUGGAGAAAUCUAAUCCUACAUACAAUAUAUUGGCAUUAUUGCGGGUGCUGGAGGGUUUGAACCAACUUGCGUCUCGAUUGAGGAUCCAAGUGCUUACUGAUAACUUUGCAGAGGGAAAAUUUUUGGAUUUAGAUGAGCUCAGUGUUACUGUUGGUGCUAGGGUUCCUGCUGAGGAAUUUAUAAGCAGCAAACUUACUCCAAAAUUAGCUAGGCAAAUACAAGAUGCCCUUGCCUUAUGCAGUGGGAGUCUUCCCUCAUGGUGUUACCAGCUAACUAAAGCAUGCCCUUUCUUGUUCCCUUUUGAGACUCGAAGACAGUACUUCUAUUCAACUGCCUUUGGGUUAUCUCGUGCACUGUACCGCCUUCAGCAGCAGCAGGGUGCUGAUGGUCAUGGAUCAACAAAUGAAAGAGAGAUCAGGGUUGGGAGACUGCAGCGUCAAAAGGUUCGGGUUUCUCGAAAUCGUAUUUUGGAUUCUGCUGCCAAAGUGAUGGAGUUAUAUUCUAGUCAAAAGGCUGUACUUGAAGUAGAAUAUUUUGGUGAAGUUGGCACUGGUCUGGGUCCCACCUUGGAGUUCUACACACUUCUCAGUCAUGACUUACAAAGAGAUGUACUUCGGAUGUGGAGAUCAGGUUCUUCAGAGAAAUAUCCAAUGGAAAUUGAUGGAAGUGAAAUGAAAACGAAAAGUAGUGAGGGAUAUUUUGCUGGUGACGGACAACUUGUUCAAGCUCCUCUUGGGCUGUUUCCUCAACCUUGGCCUGCAAAUGCUGAUGCAUCAGAGAGUACCCAUUUUUUUAAAGUUAUUGAAUAUUUCCGACUAUUAGGUCGUGUAAUGGCUAAGGCUCUCCAAGAUGGGCGCCUGUUGGAUUUACCAUUGUCAGUGGCAUUUUAUAAGCUUGUUCUUGGUCAAGAGCUUGAUCUGCAUGACAUUCUUUUCAUUGAUGCCGAGCUUGGGAAAACUCUGCAAGAGUUAAAUGCCGUUGUUUGCAGGAAACAUUAUAUAGAAUCUAUUGGUGGUAGCUACACUGAUACAGUUUCUAAUUUACAUUUUCGUGGGGCCCCAAUAGAAGAUCUCUGUUUGGAAUUCACACUUCCUGGUUAUCCAGAGUACAUCUUGAAAGCUGGAGAUGCAAUUGUUGACAUCAAUAACCUAGAGUUGUACAUAUCCUUGGUGGUUGAGGCAACUGUUAAGACCGGAAUCAUGCGCCAGAUGGAAGCAUUUAGAGCAGGGUUCAAUCAGGUUUUUGACAUCUCAUCUUUGCAAAUUUUUACUCCCCAAGAACUGGAUUACUUGCUUUGUGGCCGUAGAGAAUUGUGGAAGACUGAGACACUAGCUGAUCAUAUAAAAUUUGACCAUGGUUAUACUGCCAAGAGCCCAGCCAUAGUAAAUUUACUUGAAAUUAUGGGAGAAUUCACACCAGAACAGCAGCGAGCCUUCUGUCAAUUUGUUACUGGUGCACCUAGAUUGCCACCUGGUGGACUGGCAGUUCUAAAUCCAAAACUAACAAUUGUGAGGAAGCUUUCGUCAAGUGCAGCUAAUGCUUCAUCUAAUGGGAACGGGCCUUCAGAAUCAGCGGAUGAUGACUUGCCAAGUGUGAUGACGUGUGCAAAUUACCUGAAGCUUCCUCCUUAUUCUAGCAAGGAAAUUAUGUACAAGAAGCUACUCUAUGCAAUCAGUGAAGGCCAGGGAUCCUUUGAUUUAUCAUGA